AUGUUGACUGAUGGUAUGCUAUCCACCGCUACGCGUGUAGAAGACCGCCCAGGGCACGAGCUCAAAUUGCACGAGUAUAGCUCGUGCGAUAUUCGCGAUAUUGUGCAGAGGCAGUUACGGGUACGUCUUUGUCUUGUCUUGUCUUUCCCCGCUCUCUUCCCGUCCUUAAGGGCUCACAUUCUCAUUCUCAUUCUCAUUCUCAUGUCUUCAACCCUCCCCCCAAAACCCACAAAUCAACAGCACCAAGGCGACAUCGACGCCCGCACCCCAUCCGACUUUUCCAACUCCACCCUCACAGCCCCCGGCAAAUUCAAUUCCAUUUCAAACGACGGCGACGGCGACGCAGACGACGACGAUGGCGAGGAGGAGGAGGAUGUGCCGCUGUCGAUGUCUACGGCGGCGGGGGGGAGAGGAUCGGGUUUGGGAGGCGGAUCGGGAUCGGUGGGGGUGCGCGCGUCGAAGAGGCGGAGGGGGACGCGGAUUGCUGAUCAGGAUGGGGAUAGCGACUACAUCCCCCCCUCCUCUCUACACCGCAACGGCCACUCCUCCUCCUCACACCACCACUCCUCCUCGCGACUCCCUCCUCCUCCAAUGCCCUCCUCCUCCCACUCCUCCCGAGAACGCGAGCGCGAGCGCGAUAGGGAUCCAGCAUCACUAAUUCCACUUUCAAACGACCGCGGCUCUGCGCAUCCGUUCCAUGGGUACGGGCAGGGGCAGGGUCAGGGGCCGGGGCAGGGGUAUGGGCAAGGGUAUGCGUACGGCCAUACGCGCGCUGCGAAGAGGCAGCGUACGACGUUGGGGCUUGAUAUGGAUAUGGACAUGGAUAUGGAUAGAGAGAGAGAGAGGGAUAUGGACUCAGGGAGCGAUGUACCUGGUUCACGGGGGCCGGGGCCGGAGCUGUAUUUGCCUGAUCAACACCCUCACCCGCAUCAUGGGUAUCCUCAUCCGCACCAGCAGCAGCCGGGGAGGUUUAAUAGGAUGAUCAGGCAGGCGCAUCAUACUGCUGCGGGGCCGGGGCCGGGGUCGAUGGGUCCGCCUGCGCACCCGCAUCCGCACGCGCAUCAUGGCGGGUAUCAUCCGCAUGAUAUGCAAGGUGGAGGACCUGGUGGGCCAGGAGGGCCAGGACCCAUGCCUGGGGGAGGAGGACCAGGAGGAGGAGGACCAGGACCAGGAGGAGGACCAGGACCAGGAGGAGCGUACACCCCGCUCUUCCCCGUUGGCCAGCCGCAGGAUGUGACGCCUUCGUUUAUCCCUUUGCAUGCUUCUGAGUAUGGGCAUGGGCAUCCGCACCAUUCGCAUUCGCAUUCGCAUGUACAUCACGUGCAGCAGCAGCAUGAGUAUGGGCAUCAGACGCGCAGUGGGAAUACGUAUGGGCGGGAUAGUGCUUAUGUGUCGGGGGAUGGGGGUGGGCCUGGGGCUGGGGGUGGGGCGAGGGGUGCUGCUGGAGGAGGAGCGGGAGGGAGGCCGUAUAUGGAACCGCAGUAUGAUCCGGCGUUGUACAACGCUACCGCCUCCCCUCCUCCUUCGUCGUCUGCCUCUGCGCUUCCGACUUCGGGGUCGUCGUCCGCGGCUGGAGGUGGUGCUGCGGCUUCGGGAGCGAAUGUGCCUGGGAGCUUGGUCAUUGGGUCUGGAUCCAGUACGGGUGCCGGUGCAGGAAUGGCGGUGGGCUCAGACGCUGGCACAGGCAUCGGCACAGGAAUUGGUGCGGGAACAGGCACAGCAAACAGAAGAGAAGAGCGCGCGGACAUGUUCGAUGCGUUUUUUGAAGCUGAUCGGAGGAGGGCGUUGGCGGAGGCGGAGGCUAGCGCUCAGGCUCAGGUUCAGGGUGGGGUUGGGGUUGGGGUUGGGGUUGGGGUUGGGCAGAAAGGAGUGGGAGGGGGGCAGGGAGGGGGUGGGCAGAAAGGAGGAGCGGGAGGAGGAGGGGGAGGAGGGGGAGGGGGGUUGGAGUGGCCUAGUCAUCAGGAUGGGAGUGCGGCGGGAGGAGGGGGUGGGGAGGAGGGCUCAGCGCAGCAUCUUGUAUCUUCCAACUCGGGACCUAACGCGAAUGCGAAUGCGAAUGCGAAUUCAGCGGGCGGAGGGGGGGAUGGGGGGAGCUGGUUUGAUGUUUUCUCGGGGACUGGGACUGGGAAUGGAACAAGCACCUCGGCAUCAACCUCCAACGCGAAUCGCAGCGGGAAUGUCAGCGAUAAUCGGACCGCGCAGCCGGUUUCUGCACCGGUAUCUGCACCAGCUGCACCGGUAUCAGCACCUGCACCUGCACCAGCACCAGCACCAGCAACAGCGCCGCAGAGUGCGAGUCAGAGUCCGAGUGAAAAUCCCGCUCAAGGGCAGGCGCAAGGACAAGCGCAAGCGCAGGGUCAAGCGCAAGCGAGGGAAAAGGGUAAAGGCAAGGCAAAGGCGAAACCGAAGGCGAAAGCAAAAGGAAAGGCAAAGGCAAAGGGAACAGGAAAAGGCAAAACCGCAGAUGAGGAGUUGGAGGGUGAAGCUGUAGCUGUAGCUGGAGGCGGAGGUGGAGAUGGAGAUGGAGAUGGAGAUGGAGGUGGAGAUGGAGAUGGAGAUGGAGGUACGGCGGAGGCUGCUUCGUCGGAGUCUGUGGAGGCGCCAGCAGCAGCAGCGGGGGCGGCGGUGGAAAACUCGGACUCGAGCUUGGACUUGAACGUGAAGGGUGCAUCUGGAUCUGGAUCUGGAGCGCGGGAUACGCAGACGCAGACGCAGACGCGGGAGUCUGUAGCUGUAGCUGAGGUUGAGGUUGAGGCUGAGGCUGAGGCUGAGGCUGAGGCUGAGGCUGAUGAAGGCGAGGAAGGUAAAGGAGGAAAAGGAGGCACAGAAUCCCAGGGAAAUGCGCUAGCGCCCACUGUUGGUGCGACUUUGAGCGCGGGGGGUGACGGUGAAGCAGACGGAGAUGGUGACGGAGACGGUGGAGGAGAGGCGGAUGGCGACGCCGACGCCGACGCCGACGCGGAUUUAGAUGCAGACGCGGAUUUAGAUGCUGAUGCGGAUGCUGAUGCAGACGACGACGACGACGACGCCGAGGCGGAUGAAGAUGGGGUUAGCGGGGACACAGUGAGCGCGGGGGCGGGGGCGGGGGCGGGGGCGGGGGUACAGCGCGUGUCGCCUAGUGCGUUUAUUAGCGAGGUUAUGAAGGGGAAUGUGGAUGUGAAUGUGAAUGUGAAGGGUGAGGGUGCUGGUGAGGGCGGGAAGUAA